AUGAAGUUCGGCGAGCAGCUCCGCUCGAGCAUCAUUCGAGAGUACCAGUGGUACUACAUCGACUACGAUGUUCUCAAGAAGGAGCUGAAGAACGCGACAGGUCCCUUUCUGACCGAUUCCGACAAUGGCGAACGCCGCCGCGACUGGACCGAGGAGGACGAGACACGCUUCGUGAAGAAGCUCGAGGUUGAGCUCGACAAGGUUCACACGAAGCAGCAGGUGAAGGCCAUGGAAAUCUCCCGGCGCAUCGCCGUCAGCGAGAAGGAGGUUCGCAGCGUCGUCGCUCGCCUGCUCGAGCGCGGCCCGCAGGAGGCUGGCCCCAGCGAGGAGGAGUUCAUGCUGUUGGAAGAGGCCCUCAGUGAUGUCAUCGCCGACGUCCACGACCUCGCCAAGUUCGUCCAGCUGAACUACACUGGCUUCUACAAGAUCAUUAAGAAGCACGACAAAAUGACUGGCUGGCACCUGAAGCCCGCAUUCGACACCCGUCUCAAGGCCAAGCCGUUCUAUAAGGAGAAUUAUGACGCUUCCGUCGUCCAGCUAUCCAAGCUCUACGAUCUUGUUCGAACUCGCGGCAACCCCGUCAAGGGUGACAGCGCCGCUGGAGGUAGCCAGGGCAGCUUCGUCCGUAACACAACAAAGUACUGGGUCCACCCUGACAACGUCACUGAGCUGAAGCUCAUCAUCCUCAAGCACUUGCCCGUGCUCGUCUUCAACGCCAGCAAGGAGUUCGAUACCCAAGACUCUGCGAUUACGUCCAUCUACUACGACAACCCCGACAAGUGGGACCUGUACGAAGGUCGUUUGAAGAAGACGGAGGGUGCCGAGGCCAUCCGUCUGCGGUGGUACGGCGGAAUGCAAAGCGAGAAUAUUUUCGUCGAGCGCAAAACGCAUCGCGAGGACUGGACCGGCGAGAAGUCAGUCAAGGCUCGUUUCUCUAUCAAGGAGAAGAACGUCAACUCAUAUAUGCGAGGCGAGCUCCUCCCCGCGGCUAUCUUCGAGAAGGCGAGGAAGGAGGGCAAGAAGCCCACGAAGCAGAUUGACGAAGACCAAAGACUUGCGGCCGAAGUCCAGUACUCGUGCCUCAAGAAGGGGUACAAGCCUGUGUGUCGGUCAUUCUACAACAGAACCGCCUUCCAGCUUCCUGCCGACGCGCGCGUGCGUAUCUCGCUCGACACCGAGCUGACCAUGGUUCGUGAGGACAAUCUGGAUGGCGAGCAGCGUUCUGGUGACAACUGGAGGCGGAUGGACAUCGGCAUCGACUGGCCGUUCUCUCAGCUGCCGCCCAAGGACAUCGUCCGUUUCCCCUACGCUGUUCUUGAGGUCAAACUCCAGACACAAAUGGGUCAAGAGCCUCCCGAGUGGGUGCGUCAGCUGAUCUCAAGUCACCUGGUUGAGGCGGUGCCCAAGUUCUCCAAGUUCAUUCACGGUGUGGCAUGUCUGUUCCCCGAAAGGAUCGACCUGUUGCCCUUCUGGAUGCCUCAGAUGGACGUUGACAUCAGGAAACCUAUAACACAUGACUUUGGCAUUCACCGUGGAGGUCAUUCCGCGAACACGACGACCUCUGACGAAGACGAUGAGGAAGACGAAUUUGAUUCAGAUGACGAGGAGCUCCGUGCACCAGCCGCGCGCAACAAGCAGGCUGGCGCAGGGGGCAAUGGAGAGUCAAGCAGGGCGGGUGCUGGCAACGGCGCCGGCGUCGACAUUGAAGACCAGACGGCUGAUGGUGUCGCUGCUGGUGACGCAGACUACAUCUACGACUCAGACGAGGAGUACGACCCGAAUGAGGCCCUCGAAGAGGCUAGGAGGAUCGGCGGCUGGACGUAUUACUCAACGCUGGCGAAGACGAAGGGCGCAGCCUUUGGCCACGAGGCGCUCGAAGUCCUCAAGUGGGUGGUCCCCCACCCCCGCGGUUCAGUGAUUCCCAGGAGAGAGGUGCAGACCACCCUCUUCGGAAGCGGUGAGAUACAGACGAAGAAAUUCAAGGCACCCAAGGGAAAGAAGAUCUACGUUCCCGUGCGUGUUGAGCCAAAGGUGUACUUUGCGGCUGAGAGGACCUUCUUGGGUUGGCUGGAGUAUUCCAUUUAUGUGGGCACCGUAGCCGUGACGCUGAUGAAUUUUGGCACAAGCCCCACGAGCGCGUCGUUCAUCGUGGCUGGCGUCUUCACCUUGCUUGCCAUCCUCUCGCUCUGUUACUCGGUCGCCAUCUACCUGUACCGCAGCAGCGCCAUUCGCAACAGACGCAACAUCAAGUAUUACGAUCGCUGGGGGCCAAGCGUUCUCUGCGGAGCUCUUUUCGUGGCCGUGUGCCUGAACUUUGCAUUUGAGGGGCGGGAGCGUGAGAUUUGGUGA